AUGCCGAUCCCCAUCCAGGUAGCCUUCAAGCCUCUCAACCCGCCCAAGGUCGGCGAUAACGGCUACGUCGAGCCCACACCAGGCAAGUCCGAAGUGCUCAAGAAAGGCUCUGCACCCUUUGGCUGCCGCACGCUCGACUCUGACGUACGCAUUGAUCACGAUGUUGAGAUCGUAGUUCGCGACGGUUGCCGGCUGUAUGCAGACAUCUACCGUCCAGCUAAAGAUGACGAGACGGUUCCUGUCAUCAUCUCCUGGUCUCCGUACGGCAAAAAGUAUUCGGCGAUCGAUAUGAUCUUCAACGUAUGCUUGUGGCAAUGCUGCAUCAGGGACGAAGAUGUCAGCGGACUUGAAAAGUUCGAAGGCUUGGAUCCGGCUUACUGGGUAGCACGCGGGUAUGCGAUUGCCAGUGUCGAUGCUCGUGGAGCGGGGGACAGCGACGGUGAUACGCUUGUUCUGGGAACGCAAGAAGCCGAAGACAUUCACGACGUCAUCGAGUCGCUUGCCAAGCUUCCUUGGUGCAACGGCAACGUGGGUAUGGCAGGCAACUCGUACCUCGCUAUCUCCCAGUGGCACGCAGCAGCGCAAAACCCGCCCUCGCUUAAAGCCAUUGCUCCUUGGGAAGGCUCCGGUGACAUCUUCCGCGAACAGUUCUGCCGCGGUGGUUGGUUCAACAUGAGCAACUUUGACCUGAUCACCACUCUGGUCAUCAAGGGACGUCACGGAGUUGAAGACUUUGACGAGAUGCACCGUCGAUCCCACCUUGCCAAUAAGUUCUGGAGCGACAAGCGGGUGGACAUGUCCAAGAUCAACAUCCCUUGCUUCAUCACCGGCUCGGAUUUCAGCCAGAUCCACACGAUGGGUGCCAUCCGUGGCUGGAUGCAGGUCAACACGGACAAGAAGUGGAUCAAGUGGAGCGGGUACCAAGAGUGGUAUGAGCUUUACUCGGUGCCUGAGAGCAACGUGGAGUUAAAACUCUUCUUCGACAAGUAUCUCAAGAACAUCGACAAUGAUUGGGAAAAGACACCCAAGGUCCGUUGGGCCACGCUGCCGUUCGGAGACCGCGAUGUCAAGCACGACAUCGUCCUGCCCGACUUCCCGCAUCCUAACACCGACUACCGCAGCUUCUACCUUGCCCCGAACGGCCAGCUUUCCGAGAGCCUGCCGAACUCAACAGGCACGUCGAGCCACAACUCUGAAGAGCGCUUUUCGAUCUCCAAGUUCAAGCACACCUUCACUCAAGCCACACGUCUUCUUGGGCUUCCUAAAGCGGAGCUCUACAUGUCUUGCGACAGCCUCGAUGACCUUGUUGUGUUUGUGCAGCUUCGAAAGCUCGACAGGAACGGCAAAGAGCUCAGCCAAUUGCAGUUCCCUCUGGAGCGAGCGCCAGUUAAAUCGAUCGACGACAUGAAGGAUUCAGAGCGACAGAGCCUUUCGCUGCACAAUGGGUCUAUCGGCGUUUUGCGAGCCUCUCAACGCAAGAUCGACCACUCCAAGUCUUUGCACGAGCAAUUCCCAUUCCACCCCCACGACGAGAUCUGGAAAGUACCCCGUGGAGAGAUAGUGAAGUUGGAGAUUGGCAUUUGGGCGAUGGGUGUAGACUACGACGCAGGCGAGUCGAUUCAGGUCGACAUCCUAGGUCAGUGGCCAGGCUUCACAGAGGUCGCCGCUUUCCACAAACCAAGACCAGAGUCGGAGAAGAACAAGGGCAUCCACACGGUGCACUUUGGCGGAGAGUAUCCCAGCCGGGUGAUCCUGCCUUUCGUUCCACUUUAG